ACGGUGGAUCGGCAGAGUCUGGUAUCCAGGGAGACUUAGUCCGCUGAAGCAAACCACUCGGUUGAAUUGCUGCAGACAGGAAGUGGCUUCAAGCCGAAAGUCUAUUUAAUUAAGACCGUCCAAUCAUCGUCGCCACACAGAUGAUCACGAGGGGCACACCAAAGUGAGAGAUUUGUUUGAAGAAUUAGUUGAUAGUCACUCGUCGGGGUUGACUAAUUAACUCUGAGAGAUUUUGAUGAGACGUCGUCUGGAUUCCCUCUUACUACAUACUUUUCCCAUUGUGACCCUCUUGGGAUGAUUAGUCCUUUCAGUCCUAUCACACGGCCCCAAGUUUUCCUCUAUGUUGCUCCUCAUUUAGGAUGAUGGAGUACGAGACUAACUGGAUGGGUACUCAUAUUCCUUCAACCGCUUCUAUGACCCCAAGACGAACCGUUCCUGAAAAUAGCCCACAAGUCAACUUGGAUCGUCUGGCUACAAGUCCCCACACUGGCGUUAGAGCGUACGAGUGAAACAUUUGGACGACAUCUCGCUCUCCACCCGCCUUGUUUUGUAGCUUUAGGGAAAGGAAGAAGAGCCGUUAGUGGAGGAGCAUGGCCAAUAGGCAUGGCUGAUGCUUGCUGUUCCAGGAUUCUGACAUGGACGAUGCUGUCGGUCUGGGGACUUAGUCCUGACGGACCAGUCCCCAUGGAGUUAAGUCACGUACUAAGUUCAAGACUUGCUUGGACGAUGGCCAGGGGGCUGAAUCCUUCGAAGGCCGUCUGCGGCCACAUGCAGGUGGAAACCACCAAUCCAUGUGGCACUAUCUGGAACCUCAGCACUGAGCGAGUCCGAAGCACUUGUGCUAAAAGAAUGUUUAAAAACAAUGGCAACUCCAAGACCAUGAAUUGAUAAGAAAAAGAUACGAUGAAAGUAGUUACGAUUCUUGGUGCCUAUGACAAAUUCCGUGUCAUAUAGCCGGCACCGAGUCUUAGCGUCGGUAUAAG